AUGAGUUCAUCGCCGUAUUUCCCAGCGCGAUCCGCGCUGUUCCGUAAGGAGGCCAAUGGAGUGACGUACCGUGUCCCUGCCCUGCUCUACCUGUCCAUGUCCAACUCCUUCCUUGCCUUCUGUGAGGAGAGACUCAGCCCCUCAGAUGCCCAGGCUCACCUGCUGGUCAUGCGCAAGGGCACGUUCUACAGGAACUAUGUAGAGUGGGAGGACAUGAGUGUUCUGGGUACGGCUCAGUUGGCUGGCCACCGGUCGAUGAACCCGUGUCCGCUGUAUGACGAGUUCACAGGCACCCUCUUCCUGUUCUUCAUCGCUGUGCUGGGCCACACCUCCGAGUCCUACCAGCUGGUGACGGGUAAGAAUGUAACACGCCUCUGCUUCAUCUCCAGUAACGACCAGGGCAACACCUGGAGCCCUGCCACCGACCUCACCAAGAGGGUCAUAGGAGACACCAUCAAAGACUGGGCAACCUUCGCCCUGGGCCCGGGACACGGCAUCCAGCUCAAGUCAGGUCGUCUGCUGGUGCCAGCGUACGCCUACCACAUCGACUGCAAGGAGUGCUUUGGCCAGAUGUGCCUGACCACACCCCACGCUUUCUGUUUCCAUAGCGACACCCACGGGCGGACAUGGCGUUUUGGGGAGGCGGUGCCAGGGCCAGAGAGCGUGGAGUGCCAGAUGGUGUCUGUGGAUCAGGAGGAUGGGACCAACGUGCUGUACUGUAACGCCCGGAGUCCUCUGGGCUGCAGGGUCCAGGCCCUUAGUCUGGAUGACGGUGCUGUCUUCCAGGAUGGACAGCUGGUGCAGCGGCUCACGGAGUCACGUAAUGGUUGCCACGGUAGCGUAGUGGGGUUCCCCGCCCCGCUACACCUCAACCUCUGCCCUCGGCCACCCACCCACGCCAGACACUGGACAUCCUUCGAGGCUAAGACUGGUGACUCCUCCCCACCCACCGCCCCUCCCCCUCCCAGCUCCCCACAGAAUUUUCUUACACCCACCUGGGUGGUGUACUCCCACCCGACGUGGAAUAACGUGAGGAAGAACCUGGGGGUGUACCUCAGCCUGUUCCCCCGUGACCCGGACAGCUGGUCUGGCCCGUGGGUGAUCUACGAGGGCCCCAGUGCCUACUCUGACCUGGCCUACCUGGAGCUGCCGUCAGCUGGGGCCCCGUCGGCCGUGGCCUUCGCCUGUCUGUUUGAGUGCGGCACCAGCACAGCUUAUGAUGAGAUCUCCUUCAGCAUCUUCACCCUCUACGAGCUCAUUGACAACCUGCCACGCAACACAAACUCAUGA